AUGAAAGUGUUAUGUGCUACCCGUGUGUUAACGAAGACUUCUCGCAUCUGGUGGAGAUCUGCUACUGUUUCCUUGACUCCCGAGGUACUAGCUGCUAUGCCUUGGGGUACAUUCAGGGAAAAGUUUUUGGAAGAAUAUAUGGGUACUCGUGAGUUGAGGCUGAUUGAGAAGGAAUUCAGAGCUUUGACCGCUAAGCCCGGUGCCAUAGGUGAGUAUGCUCGCUCGUUUACAGAAAAGCUCCAGUUUGUAGGUCGCGUGGUACCUAUAGAGAUUGAUCAGAUUGAAGCAUAUUGUGAUGGUCUUCCUGCUAGCUAUCGUGGCCUUUGUAGGCAGCACACUACAUUGUCCGCCGCGAUUAAGGAGUCCAAGAGGCUGGAUGAUGACUUCAAGAGUAAAAGGGCUGCAAUAAAAGCUAAUAUUGAUAAGCAAUCAGGUUCAAAAAGGAAGCAUGAUGGAUCAAAUGGAUCAAAUAAGAAGUUCAAGAAAAGUUCAUCUUCAAGGGGUGGGGGCAACAACAAUGCAAAGCCGAAGAAUUGGUGUGGUACUUGUAAAGCACCUCAUUUAGGUCCAUGUUCAGAUAAGACCCGAAGGUGUGAUACUUAUGGUGGUACGGGUCAUCCUGCUUCAGAAUGCAAAGACAAGCCAAAGUGUUACCGGUGUCACCAAACCGGUCAUUUCAUCAAAGAUUGCCCACAAGGAAAAGAUGAUGGAAAGAAGACGGCUGCCCAAAAGCCUAAAGCUCGAGCCUUUCAGAUGACAGUUGAAGCUGCCAAGGAGAAUGAUGAGGUAGUGAGCGGUACAUUUCUUGUAAACUCAAAACCUGCUUCUGUUCUAUUUGAUUCGGGUGCAAAUAGGUCUUUUGUGUCCACUUUGUUUGCUCCUAAGCUUGAUAGGGUCACUACUCCCCUAGAUUGUUCUUUAGAGGUAGAAAUUGCUAAUGGUACUAUUAGUGACAUUCAAGAAGGUUAUGAUGAUUGUUCUAUUGAGAUAAAGGAACGCCCCUUUUCGGUCCAGUUAUUGCCUACUACACUUGCUGGGUUCGAUAUAGUGAUAGGUAUGGAUUGGUUGUCUCAACAUGGUGCUAUUAUAUUAUUUUCUCAAAAGAUAGUUCGGUUUUCUACUCCAGAGAAGUCUUCCAUUGCAAAUGUUGAAGUAGUUUCUGAAUUUUUUGAUGUGUUUCCUGAUGAUCUUCUCGGUAUUCCUCCCGACCGAGAGGUCACUUUUCAGAUUGAUCUUAUAUCCGGUGCUACACCUAUUGCAAAGGCACCUUAUAGAUUAGCUCCUACUGAAACGAAAGAGCUAAUGACUCAGCUUCAAGAGCUACUUGAUAAAGGCUUUAUUCGACCUAGUUCCUCACCUUGGGGAGCUCCGGUUCUCUUUGUCAAGAAGAAAGAUGGUUCUAUGCGCAUGUGCAUAGACUACCGUGAGCUGAAUAAGCGAACGGUUAAGAACAAGUAUCCUCUCCCGCAUAUUGAUGAUCUCUUUGAUCAGCUCCAUGGUGCUUCAUACUUCUCUAAGAUCGAUUUGCGGUCUGGCUAUCAUCAAUUAAAAGUCAAAAAGGAAGAUGUGGCCAAGACAGCUUUACGUACACGUUAUGGGCACUAUGAGUUUUUUGUCAUGCCAUUUGGGUUGACAAAUGCUCCUGCCGCUUUUAUGGAUUUAAUGAAUCGGGUAUGUCGCCCAUUCUUAGAUCAUUUUGUGAUUAUCUUCAUUGACGAUAUUCUGAUUUAUUCAAAGUCUGAAACCGAGCACCGCAAGCAUUUAAGGGUCGUUCUUGAGGUUCUUAGGGAGAAGAAACUCUAUGCGAAGUUUUCCAAGUGUGAGUUUUGGCUUCGAGAAGUUUAA